CGCCUGCCGGUUGGAACGGCAGCCCCCCGGCGCGGAGGGCGAGGAGGCCGGCGCCGAAGUGAGCGCGGCACGGAGGGGCCUGCCUAACUGGGGCCCGUGGCCCUGCGUCUUCUGGCUGCAACGCGGGUCCUGCGCACGCUGCGGGGCCGCAGCCGCCGGGCGGUGGGCGCCCGAGGGGCCGGGAGGCGAGCCGGGGCCCCCAGGCGGGUGUGGGCAUCGUGUCCACAGCCAGCGUCCCCGAGGCCGCGCUCGGGCCAUGAUGACUCGGUGAGGCUGCGCUGCGACAGCGCGGCCGACUUCUUACCGCGCUGUGAGGACCUGUGCGCGCUGCAGGACUCGGUGCCUCUGCCUGCCUUGCGCGCUUUCCUGCGGGAGGGCCUGCUGGACUUAACGCCGACGGCCUCCGCGGGGUGGAAUGGACGCCGCUCCUGAGCACCCUCUGCCCCUGAUCUGUAUCCAGAGCUUCUUCCAGCCACGGCUUGGCGAGACAGGUUGUGACAGAAAUAAAGUUUACAGAAGUCGUGUUCCUGCGAUAAGAAAUAAAGAUGUGACCUUGCAGUUGUGUAAAGCUCUUAAAUGCUGUGUAAGUGUGUCGGGUGCGCUAAGGAACCUGGAGCUAAAUGGGCUAGUUCUUAGAGAGAGCGACUUAACUAUGUUAACAAAGGGAUGGAAUAAAUCGGCCACUUUGGUGCACCUGUGUCUUGCGAAUUGUCCACUUGGAGAUGGAGGUUUAGAAAUUAUUUGUCAAGGUGUAAAGAACUCUACCACUCUUAAGACAGUAAACUUCACGGGGUGUAAUCUGACAUGGCAGGGAGCAGAUCACAUGGCCAAGAUCUUAAAGUAUCAGACUACCAGAAGGCAUGAAGAAACCUGGGCUGAGAGUCUUCGUUCCAGGAGACCUGAUCUUGACUGUAUGGCUGGUUUGAGGCGCAUCACUCUGAACUGCAACACGCUCAUUGGUGACCUGGGUGCAAGUGCUUUGGCAGAAUCUCUUAGUGAGGAUUUAUGGCUUAGAGAUAAUCCUUUAGAGAAACAAACCUCAGAGAACUGAUUCCUUAAGAGACUUUGGACAGCCUGCUGGCACUCUGGAAGACCUGGGCACUGAGGAUGGAGAAUCAGCCUGCAGCCAUGGGUUGGGAAAAAAGUUCAGAAAAGGAGAAGAGGAAGGACAACAGCACAACCUGUAAUCAUGACAAUGGUGAAGAUGGUUACAAGUGAAAUCUUGGCAUUGGCUUUUCUGAUAUUAAUUGUAUUUUUUUUGAAAACCAUUCUUGUAGAAGAGUCUUAUUAGAAAGUAAUUUUGUAACAUGAGUUCCUGUUAGUACUGCAUUCACAGACCUCAGCAUGUUAUCUGAGUAGCUUGGGGUCUGCUAAAGUUUAGGUGUUGCUAUUCCAGACCAGAUAGUCUACAUGAGCCCUUAAACUAGGAAUUCAGAAUGAAGAAAUUAUUUGAGAAUAGUAGAAUUAUAUAGUUAAUAAAUUGUGUGUAGCUUUAACUAAACAUUAGAGUUGAUAUUUCAGCCUUUUACAAUGAGCAUGUACAGUCAUCCCUCAUUAGGUUAUUGGAAUAAUGAUUACAUAAACCUGUAUGUUAGUUAUUCUCCAUUUGCUGAACACUUCCUAUCCAGCUGUAGAGCUGGAAGCAUCAAAUAGAAGAAGAUGAGAUAACCCAGCAAUUAGGAAAUAGGCACCACCCCUAGGGCUGGGAGAGCCUAAAGAGGCAAAGGGAGGCUACUGCCUCAGAACAGGAACUUGGAGGAGAUUCCUCCAGAACAAGAAGUUAAAAAGACAGAGGUAGAAGGAAGAGAAAAAGAGCAAGAAAGAAUUAUAGUUUCUCCCCAUCUCCCAUCUACUAAUCACCUACCAGUAUCUCCUCUUGGUGAAACUAAAUAGAAAACCACUGGUAAAGAAUCUGAGAACUACAUUUUGUAGAUUCCCACAACAGAUUACAAAAAAGUAUCAAAGGAUAAUUGGGGGACUGAAAGAGAACAGGUAAAUAUCCAGCACCCCUCACCAAAGGGCCCCAAGAAAGAAGUUACCCUGUCUCUGUGAUGUCUCCAAUUUCUCCAUCUCCAUAGUUUCUUCCUUUCACAGAUACAAGGCAAUGACCAAGGAGGUGUCUUUCCUCACUUACAGCAAAUAUCACUGUCCCAGAAGAAAUCCUUUUAACAUUAAUAAUCCUUUAACCUCCUCCUGCCCACAACAUUUGGAUUAUCUGUAUAUCCUAUGUGUAAUCAAAAAUCAUUUUAUAAAUCAUAGAGGGUGUGAGGACUGGGGCACUUUUGUAAUAGCAUAAAGCAUUUAAGCGUUUGUUUUUAUUUUUCAUGUUAAUCAAAUAUAUAAGCAUGCAAAGGAGAUUUACAAUAAUAAGGUCUGUAGGGGAAUUGGGGAAAAAAUUCUGACCCUGAUUCCUUCCAUACUACCGGACCCAUUCUUCUAUAGUUUUUAUCCCAGUUUACAGCAUCACCAUUGAGCAAGAAAGAAACAUGGGAAUCAUAUUUACCUUUACUUUCAUAUC